GGGCGCAGGAGCCGGGCGUGGGGUGGAGGGGAGGUGGCUCUCCAGUUUCCCGGCAUACCCCAGGCUGUCUCCCCCGCCUCGUCAGCUGGGCCGGGCGAGCCGCAGUGGGCUGGGAUGGCGGAGCAGUGGAACCUGGACGAGGAGGUGCUCCGCCGCAUGGGGGCGCUGACCCACGAGGAGCCGGAAUUGGUGGAGUCUCUUUCAUUGCAGGGAUCUUAUGUAGGAAAAAUCCAUUCCAUUGGUGAGACCUUCAAAAAUUUUAAAAAUCUCCGAUCCUUAGAUCUAUCAAGAAAUUUAAUCUCUAGUCUACAGGGUAUCGAGUAUUUAUCUUCACUCCGAGAUCUGAAUUUAUAUUACAACAACAUUCCAUCAUUAGCAGAGGUGUCCCGCCUGCAGGCUUUACUCUGCCUAAAAGAGCUAGAUUUGAGACUCAAUCCUGUUGUAAGGAAAGAUACAGACUAUAGACUCUUUGCUGUACACAUGCUACAAAAUCUGGAGAAACUGGAUGACCGGGUAGUCCGGGAUAGUGAGCGGAAAGCUGCCAUGCUUCAUUUUAGUCAGCUGGGCAGCAAUGAAAAUUUCCUCUUUGAUGUGGAAAAUAAGAGGGAGAAGACUUUGAAAAACUGUGUGAUGGAUGAAAGGUCACCAUCAAAACUUGAAACAGAUGUCGAUAACAGGACUGAAACAGAAUUAAGCAAAGGAUUUUUCCUUCCCCUCCCCAGCCGGGAAUUAAAGGAUCCACUAACAAGUGCUUCUGUGGGCCAAGCCAGCAAUCCAGCUGAUCAGGAGCUAGACACUUUCCCCCUGGGGACCCAGCUACAGGAAGUGGCAAGAAGGGAGCUGCCAGGUGAUGGUCACCAGGAAGAUGAAUUCAGAUGCUACACAUCUCUUCAAUCUUCAGUCCGGUCUCCAGACAAGAUGGCUAAAGAAGGAUACCGACUAACCUUUUCAGAUGAUAAAUCUUUAGGUUCUUCUCCAGAGAAAGAGUUGAUACCAAAGACUGAUAUUUAUCAACUUAGCCAUGAAGCCUUGUCAAGUAAACGCUUAGAUGUGGGUGAUUCAAGCCAGAUUCAUCCCUACCAGUUACCUAAAGAUAUUAGUCUAGAUAAUUAUAACAGUCACUAUCCUCACUCCAUAACCUUACAUGGAAGUUUCAGCAAGAAAUCCCAUACUCAUCAUAGAAGUAAAAAUUACCAAGACUGUGGUACAAAAUCUUUGAAUGAUGCAAAGUCCACUUCAUCCCACUCCUGUGGAGACAUAAUGACUCCUUUGACUGACUCAGACUCCACCACUGGAAGACUGCUGAAGCUCAAUUCAGAUCUGUAUACCACAAGCCAUUUUAGCAGUGAUUCAACUCUGCUGGACAGCAUUGAACAGCAGUUAUCUGUGGGCCUUGCUGAUUUAACACAAGUACAUGGCUCUUUCACAAGUAGUACUACUGUGGGAAACUCUCCACGGACAUUCCUGUUACCUUCAGGGACUCAAGAAGACAGGGGACUUUUGGCAAAGAGGUCCAUAAGCCCAACUAGAAGGGGAUUUAAGAGGAAGGACAAUAUUCUUUCGAGCAUGGUGCCAAAUCAUGGGCUCAAAGAUGUUACCAACAAUGAGCCUCUCUCUAGUGACCUGGGCAGUUUGCGUGGUUUGCAAGGAAACCAUAGUCCCCCACCUGCUGCCAGGACUUCCCAUGUGGCCAGGGUGCUCCGACAGCUCUUGGACCUAGUAGACAAGCACUGGAACGGCUCGGGGUCCCUGCUUCUCAACAAGAAGUUCCUGGGUUCUGCCCGAGAUAUGCUUCUGAGUUUGGUGGUUCCCAACCUUGCUCCACAGUGAACCCGCUCACUGCCUGAAGAAAGCCUGAAAGCCUCACGGAGAAGAGACCUUGAAUUAAAGGAUACAGGACAGUUCCCUGGCAUCCCAAAUGAUUUGGAAGCAUUGAAGCAAAAGAUGGUCAGGGUACUGGAAGAAAAUCUCUUUUUGUCUGAAAAGGUACAACUGUUGGAGGAAAGUGCUUCCAACUCUGGUGUGGGUGGUCACCAGUCUCACAGUUAUGAUGAAUUGCUCCGUAAGAACCAACAGCUGAGUUUACAGGUGGCUUAUCUGAAUCAGGAACUUAAUCAGCUGAAGAAACUAGAGGAGACUGUGUGCCUUCUCCAGGAAAGUCAGAGGUCCCUUGUAACAACCAAUGAGUAUCUGCUACAGCAGUUGAAUAAAGAACAAAAAAAUUAUCCAGGAAAAGCAAUCCUGCCUCCUGAGAAGAGUCACCACAUAGGGAGAACAUCACCCUUUGGGAAAACCCUACAGCCUUCCUUAUCACAGACAGCUCACGAUGGCGUCCACACUAAACAGGGCUUCGCUGGCUGUGAGCCUGGGACUUCCCGCCUCCGCUAAGAAUCAGCCGUUUCUAGUUUUUGAGUAUUUCCAAGCAGAGGGACUCAUUGCUUCAGGAGGAGCUGUAAGAGCAACUCCAGACUUUCCUCAGAGAAGAGGUUUCUUUCCUUCCAGCAAUGCUCAGAGGAGACAGAUGAAUCAAUCCCACGAAGAUGUGUUCCUGUCCUAACUCUGCUACGUACUACCUGUGUGCCUAAUGCUCUCCCUCGCCGUGCUCCAGUGUCCUCUCAUCUAAACAUGAGGAAGAUUGAUUAUGGGAUGGUGAUCUCUGAGGCACCAUCCGCCUUUUAAAUCCUGUUAUCCUACUAAUCCUCUUUAUGUUAUGAAGAGCAGCCAUAUAAGCGGAGAUCAAACACUAAGUGGGAAAGGAUUCUAACCAUUUCCCAUUUGUCGGGGUUUGUAGCAGAGAAGGGGAAUACUUACCUGCCAGUGGGGAUGCUGGAGCCGGGUGAGAGAAGGCUCUGUGCUGCAGUGGAGACCUGCACUUAGACUCGCACUGCCUGCCCACCUUGGUUAAGGAAAGUGCUUUGGGGGCCUUAAAAUGCUAUGGAAAUGUGAAUAAUUCUGAGAUCUGAUUCUCUAGAGAAAUCCUGGAAUUAGAUGAAAUGAAGCCCAAGGGGAGAGACGCAUUGCAGCUGCCUAGGCUGAACUUUGUCUCCCUAGAGCUACAUUUACAAAGCUUGCAACAGCCUUGCCUUACAGACAUUCCCUGCCCUGUACUUGCCUGUUUCUGACACAAACCACCUCUCCUUCUACUGGCCUGGCUGAGGGGUGGGAUGAGGUAGAAACUGUCACCUCCGAGGGACCUCCCACCUUAACCUUUAUUCCAGGAAAGAGAUGGAAAGAGCAAGAAAGAACUAGGUUGGCCUCAAGUGACUAUGUAUCCAUCGAAGACUUCCACCCUAGCAUACCCAAACCAGCUUGUCUGUUUGGUUGCUGAUUUCUUUCCCGGGGACAUUGAGAAGCACGGUCCAGAACUGACCGGAGAAAGAUGCUGAGCGGAGUUGGGAGCCUUGUGCUAGGACUGAUCUUCCUUGGGGUUGGCCUUGCUGUUCACCUAAGGAGUCAGAAAGAUUUUGAAGCUAAGUGAAACCUUGGACACUGGGUGGGGAAGAAAUGCUGCUGCUUAUGGGCUCAGGGCCCUGCAAGUGAUUGACCACUGUCUUCUGAUAGUCUCCAUCUGAACCCUGAAGCUGUGUGUCCCCUGGAGCUGGUGCUUCUCCUCCCAGCGCCUGCCUGUACUAGGAGGUCAGCAGUGCUGACCCUUCCCUGUCUCUGUCUGGACUCUCCACGCAUUGCCUCUCACUGCACGCCUCCUGUUGGGUUUGACCAUCUGCCCACACUGUCUUGGCUGGUGAGGAGGAGGUCUGUGCUUCACCCUCGUAGCAUGUUGCUGAAUGCACAUUUUGGGCAUUUGUAAUCCCUUGAGUCAUUUCUCCAGUAAAUCAGAAGGGGGGAUUCCCCUGGUGUUGGGCAAUGAGGAAAUAGCAGAAGUGGGGAGAGGGAAGAAACUUCAAUAUUACCAUGCAUCUGUGGCGUCCGUGUGAUUAAUCCCUCCAAAGGUGCAGAUCACACGCAGCCCCUCUAAGCCUUGUCAUCCUAUGUGACUUGUGCUUGUCCUCCCAUAAAUCCUUCGUCGAGGUCUACCCAGUGUGCUAGUCGCCUUGCUAUAAAUGGCUUUCGUGUGGUGGCACUGGAUCACAGAAGUAUCCACUGAUCAUCCCUUACAGUCUUUGCAGGAUAGACUCACUUCCUUUUUUGGUCACACAUCUCUGAUGAUAUCCUUUAUGCUCAUUCUCCCCGAGUUCUUUAAAAUUGGCAAUAUGCUAGAACCUACACACACACACACACACACACACACACACACAGAAACACAUCCGUGGUGUGCCUCAGUAUCACCCUCUUUUCAAUUAAAGUUUUAUUGAUAUACAUUGCUUUCCCUUCCUUUUUAUUCACGAAUACACUCCCUCCCAACUACCUCUACACACUGAGGCUUCACAUGUAUCAAAGAUGAAAAAAACCCAAACAGUUGUAGAAAACCAACCCCGGUCUCAUGCAUUGUGUUUGACAACCUAUGCAGCAUUUCAGCCUCAUAGUCUCCCAUCUCUUGCAUAUUCUUCUCUAUGGCCCAACUUGGUCAUUGUGAUUACCCUGAGUCUAGUUCCAUUUUAGUACUCUUUGUUUUCAUUCCUAUAGUCCUCAUCUCUUUUGUUUUCCUAGUUCUGCAUCAAUUCAUAUAAAUGCUCCUAUUUUUCUCUAAAUUCCUCAUUUCUCUCAUUUUAUCAUAUUAAUAUUCCAGUACAUAUGUGGUCUUCAAUAUGUUUAGGUACUCCCAAACUGAUGAGUACCUAAUUUCUUUUUAGUUCUUUGCUACCACAAAAAAUUUACUAUAAAUAUUUGAUAUCUAAAAAAAAAAAAAGAACCAGGUUCAGAGGAUCCUUCCAACACCACUGUUGAGAGCUGCCCUGUGUGGCUAAGACAUUCCUUAUCUGGCCCUCCAGUCUCUUCUCCAUCUCCCUCAGCCUUGACAGGAGAGGCCAAUGUAGGAAGUGGUCCAAGAGGGUCCCUAGGCCACAUUUCUGUUUCUCUCUUCUCUGGCUCAGUGCCCCUUGUGGAAGGAAGAGGACAUGCUAGGUGACCCAUACACUUGACAAAGGCACAUCACCACCUCCCACCAUCUUCCACCUCACACUUUGGCCAAUACCUCUUCUUAAGUCUACCACAACCACCUCACUAAAGCAUUGAAGAAAGUAGCAGAACAUUCUGCCUUGCAUCUCAACUCCUCAUUGUCCUGUCUGCUUUGUUCUGAUGUCUUCUUGGGCCAGUCCUCCAGAUAGGUGAUCCCCAGGGGUCUUGGGUGCUGUUAAGUCAGGUCCCCAGGAUGUUCACAGCACACUUCUCUCAGCCUCCUCUUCAUCAUACCAAAAGCCCCCUGCUGACAUUUCAGUUCUACGAUUUGAUAGUCAAUUAAUUCAUAGUCACAGCUC